AUGCUCACGCGCUCUCUCACGCGCUCUCUCACGUGCUCUCUCACGCGCUCUCUCACGCGCUCUCUCACGCGCUCUCUCACGCACUCUCUCAAGCGCUCUCUCACGCGCUCUCUCACGCGCACUCACUCGCACUCUCACGGGCACUCUCAUCUGCACUCUCACGCGCACUCUCUGUCUCUCUCUCUCUCUCUCUCUCUCUCUCUCUCUCACGGGCUCUCUCCCGCGUUCUCUCUUGCGCACUCUCACGCGAUCUCUCAUACGCACCCUCGUACGCUCACGCGCACUUUCGCGCACUCUCACACGGUCUCGCAUGCGCACACUCACGCACACUCUGAUGCGCACUCUCACACGCACUCUCAUGCGCACUCUCACGCGCACUCUCACGCGCACUCUCACGCGCACUCUCACGCGCACUCUCAUGCGCACUCUCACGCGCACUCUCACGCACUCUCUCACGCGCACUCAUGCGCACUCACGCACACUCUCACGCACACUCUCACGCGCUCUCUCACGUGCACUCUCACGCGCACUCUCACGCGCACUCUCACGCGCACUUUCGCGCGCACUCUCACGCGCUCUCCCACGCGCACUCUCACGCGCCCUCUCACGCGCUCUCUCACGCGCUCUCCCUUGCUCUCUCUCGCACACUCUCACACGCUCUCUCACGCGCUCUUUCACGCGCACUCUCACGUGCAUUCGCACACGCACUCUCUCGUGCACUCUCACGUGCACACACACACACACUCGCUCUCUCUCUAUCUCUCUCUCUCUCUCUCUCUCUCUCUCUCUCUCUCUCUCUCUCUCUCUCUCUCUCUCUCUCUCUCUCUCUCACCCGCUCUCUCGCGCGCUCUUUCUGACGCAUUCUCACGCGCACUCUCACGCUCUCUCAUGCGCUCUCUCACGCUCUCUCUCAUACGCACCCUCAUGCGCUCUCUCAAGUGCACUCUCAAAUGCACUCUCAUGCUCUCUCACGCGCUCUCUAACGCGCUCUCUCAUACGCACCCUCACGCGCUCCCUCACGCGCUCUCUCACGCGACAUCUCACGCGCUCUCUUACGCGCUCCCUCAUGCGCUCUCUCACGUGCUCUCUCACACGCUCUCUCAUGCGCUCUCUCACGCGCUCUCUCACGCGCUCUCUCAUGCGCUCUCUCACGCGCUCUCUCAUGCGCUCUCUCAUGCGCUCUCUCACGCGCUCUCUCACGCGCUCUUUCACGCGCUCUCUUACACGCACUCUCAGGCACACUCUCACACGCUCUCUCUUGCGCACUCUCACGCGCAUUCUCUCUCUCACGCGCUCUCUCACGCGCUCUCUCACGCGCUCUCUCACACGUACUCUCAUGCGCACCCUCACGCGCUCUCCCACGCGCUCUGA